AUGCCCGCACCACAAGCACCGCGGGCCAAGCCCGCCAAGGUGCGCUACUUCAAGGGCAAACCCGGCGGCGCCGUGGCCGACUCGGACUCGGACUCGGGCGAGGACGAGACCAUCCCCCUCCGCACAACAAAGCAAGUCAUCUCGGACCCGUCAAUCGUUGCUGGCGGCGCGGGACGCGUGAUCCGCCCCGAGACCCUCAAGGAUGUCAAGCCCAAGAUAAAGAUGGACUUGGGUAGCGUCAAGAUCCCCGAUGGUGGUGUCAGCCGGGCCAUUGGGGAGGAAAGCGAUGACGAGAGUGAGGAGGAGAGUGAAGAGGAAACAAAGCCGGCCUUUAUUCCAAAGAUGGAAGACUCGAGCGAGUACGAGACCGACUCGGAGGAGGAAAGCGAGGAGGAGGUCAAGCCCGCCUUCCGUCCAGUCUUUGUCGGCAAAAACGCUCGUAAGACCGUCACCGCCGAUCUCGCCGCCAAGGAGGCCGAGGAGGCGGAGAAGCGCGAGGAGGAGGAGCGCGAGCAGCGCAAGCUGGACAGCAAGGACCUUGCUGGCGAGACUAUCCGCCGUGAACUUGCAGAGAAAGAAGUCUCCAACGACCUGAUCCCCGACGUCGACGACACAGACGGUCUCGACGCCGAGGGCGAGUUCGACGCAUGGCGCGCACGUGAACUUGCGCGCUUGCUGCGCGAAAAGACGGCCCAGGCUCAGGCCGAUGCUGAGCGUGAGGAGAUUGAGCGCCGCCGUGCCAUGCCCGAGGACCAGCGUCUGGCAGAGGACAUGGCCUACGCCGACGGCACUCGCGCUGCCGAAAAGGGCGAGAUGGGCUUCCUGCAGACCUACUACCACAAGGGUGCUUUCCACCAGGACGACGACAGCGAGAUUUUCAGACGCGACUACACGGGCGCGAGCGAGUCACAGGUGGACAUGUCUGCCCUGCCUGCCGUCAUGCAGGUCCGCAACUUUGGCAAGAAAUCCCGUUCCAAGUACACCCAUCUUACAGACCAAGACACAUCGUCUGGCGGCUGGGGUACCGGCCACCAGGCAUUCGCGCGCCCGGGCGACGUUGGCCAGCAACAGCAGGGAUGCUGGAACUGUGGUGGUCCUCAUAACCGUGCCGACUGCCCGAACAACAACAUGAACGACCCCAACGUGAUUGGUGGCGUCAACAUUGGUGGUUCGGGUGCACCACAGUCGUAUGGCGGCGGAUUUGGCGGCCGCGACCGGGGAGGACCACCAGGUGGCUCCUCCGGCCCCACGUCGUCCAACUCGGCAGCUCUGGGCAGCGGCUCAGGCUCGCGCUGGGGCCAAGACAGCGGCAAGGACAGGAGCGAUCGCCACAGUGGCGAGCGGCGCGACGACAAGGGCCGCGAACGUGAAUACCGCGACCGCGAGAGGGAUCGAUACGACGACAGCCGUCGCGAUGACCGUCGCAGUGGACGCGAUCGCGAAAGGAGCAGGAGUCCGCGUAGGAGAGACGACGGUGGGCGGAGAGACGACGAGAGGCGAAGCGGACGAGACGACCGCGACAGAGGGUCUGACCGGCACGACCGAGACCGACGCGAGCGACGCGACAGGUCGCGCGACCGUGACCGCCGUGACAGGCGAUAA